GGUUUUGCCCAAAAACUGUCAACAGUUUUACACUUGUACCCAUUUCUUCAACAACACAAAACUCUGCAUUCCAGUUUUCAACACCCCCUCCACUUCUGUCCCACCCAAAAAAUGGGACUUUCAUGGAGCAAUAGUAGAAGAACCACCACUUUUUAUCACCCCCAUCCACCCCCUCCGCCACCGCCACCACCACCACCUUACUAUUAUCAUCCCGGAGAAGCCGUCUCUCCUCCUCCUCCUCCUCCCCCACCACCGCAUCAAAAUCACUACACCACCAUACAACAACCACCACCAACAACCUCAUCACCACCACAAUCUUACCCUUAUCCUACACACCCUCCACCUCCAAUUCACUCCUACUACAACUCCCAUCCAUACCAUUCCCGCAACUAUGCAAAUCACAAUUACCAAUACCAACCCUUUUAUUAUACCAGUCAUUAUCAACCCGCUAGUGGGUGGUCUCCUGUAAUUAGGCCUAGUUUGGGUUUUUCUACUACUGCUGCUUCUACUGCACUGCCAAUUCAGCUGGAGCCGGCUCCUUUUAUUGAUCAUCAGAAUGCAAAGAGGAUUAGGAAUGAUGUCAAUGUUCAUAAAGAUACUUUAAAGGUUGAAAUUGAUGUUUCAAAUCCUGAUCAUCACUUGGUUUCUUUCGUUUUCGAUGCUUUGUUUGAUGGGAGCAUUACAAUUUUCUACUUUGCCAAGGAAGAGCCGGAUGGUAGGUUUGUUCCUGCAUUUCCUGAAGUCCAUUUACCUGUGAAAAUCUCUUUCCAGAAAGGUCCUGGCCAGAUGUUUUAUCAGCCUUCAGGAACAGGCAUUGAUUUGGGCUUCUUUGAGUUGGAUGAUCUCUCAAAAUCAUCACCUGAAGAAGAUGUCUUUCCACUUAUAAUUGCUGCUGAAACAAACUUGCCAGAUGAUUUAACAGAUGAACAUAUUGAUUCUGUGCCAAACACACUACGCCACAUGCAGAUUACUCAAGCUGUUCUCGAGAAGAAAAAUGGUGACAAUUUCCAUGUGAGAGUAAUCAGGCAGAUUCUGUGGGUUGCUGGAGUUAGAUAUGAGCUGCGUGAGAUAUACGGAAUAGGAAGCUCAGCAGCUGAAGGCUUUGAUGACAGUGACCCAGGGAAGGAGUGUGUGAUUUGCAUGACUGAACCUAAGGAUACCGCCGUGUUACCUUGCCGACAUAUGUGCUUGUGCAGCGAGUGUGCAAAAGAAUUGAGGCUUCAAUCAAAUAAGUGUCCCAUAUGCCGCCAACCAAUUGAGCAACUUAUAGGUAUCAAGAUAAAUAGUGGUGAUCAAUGAAGAUGAGAAACUGCGUUCCUCAUAUGAAGUUGGAUUUAUGGUGCAAUGGUUAGCCUUUUUAUUCUAAUUUAUUUUACUGUAACUUUCCCCUAUGAAUGUGCGAUCUAAUUUUUUUUAUAUUUUUAUUCUUUUUGUUUGUCCUUUAUAUUUGUAUAUACUUUUCUUCUGUCUUUGUACAAAAUACUCUGUAGAUCAAAUCUUGCAAAGAGAUAAUUCACUAACAGUAAACAUCAAA